UCUCUUGGCUCCUAGUCACUUGGAAAUAGUUAGUAGUGUUACUGAAAUGGAGAUGGUUAAUACAGGAUGACCAAUUCAUCAACAUUGUCAUAGGAUUCUAAUUGCUUUUAAUCUUGCAUUGUUGUCCAACAUAGAUGUGAACAAACUCUUAUGUGCUCUGGUUUUGGCUUUUAUAAAGUCAUUUCGUCUGAGACCCAAAAUAGAAGAAUUGGAUACCUGAAGAUCGUGAUUUUGUAAGGUUCCCCGAGUUCAAAAUCAAGUCCUUGGAAAUACCCAUAUCCCCCCAUUUCUUUAACUUACACACCAAACAGUACAAAUAUUCAGUCUUUUUCUUCUUUACCAAAACGAGUAUAUAGAUAAAAAAGGGCAGAGAUACCUUCCCGGUGUGCAAAACAAAACAACCACAUCUGUAACCAAAAAAACAAAAGCCAACCACAUCAACUUUCGUCUCUGCUUCCUCUUGCUCUCUUUAUCCUCCAUUGACUGGUGAAGAUAAUUAUCAAGUUUGAGUGGAAAAGGACCCAGUUGAGAAAAUUCCUUAGUUCUGAUACUAGCUGCAACUUUACUCUUACACAUGAAAAUGUAUGGAUGAAUCAGAUCUCAAGGGGAAGGAAAUGGCAGAUGAGGAAAGAAGCAAUUUUGCCUUCCCUUCAAAGUUUGAAAUUGGAGUUGAGCAAUUGGAGACCAUGGUUGAGGAAGCCGAAGAUCAUUUAGCAUAUCCAAGCACAACUAAUUGGAUUGAUGAGAUGAAUGGCAUGGAAGAUGAAGAAUGGGCAAUGGUGCAGAGGAAAGGGAACCAAUUUGUAGUGAAUGAUCAGCCUUUCUAUGUGAAUGGAUUCAACACUUACUGGUUAAUGGUUUUUGCUGCUGAUCAGUCCACAAGAGGAAAGGUCACUGAUGUGUUCAAACAGGCAGCUUCAGUGGGACUAACUAUUUGUAGAACUUGGGCAUUUAACGACGGCCAGUGGCGAGCUCUUCAGAAAUCUCCAGGAGUUUAUGAUGAAGAAGUUUUCAAGGCUCUGGAUUUUGUGAUAAGUGAAGCAAAGAAGUACAAGAUCAGACUCAUAUUGUCAUUGACUAACAACUGGGAUGCAUAUGGUGGAAAACCACAAUAUGUCAAAUGGGGAAAAACAGCUGGCCUGAACUUGACAUCGGAUGACGACUUCUUCACUCAUCCAACACUCAAAAGCUACUACAAGGCCCAUGUUAAGACGGUGCUUAAUCGAGUGAAUACCCUCACCAACAUAACUUACAAGGAUGAUCCCACUGUUUUUGCUUGGGAACUGAUGAAUGAGCCUCGAUGCACUUCAGAUCCUUCCGGUGAUAAACUGCAGGAAUGGAUACAAGAAAUGGCAGUUUUCGUUAAGAGUGUGGAUCCAAAGCACCUUGUGGAAAUUGGUUUGGAAGGAUUUUAUGGCCCCUCAACACUUAACAGAGUUCAGUUCAAUCCUAACACAUACGCUCAACAAGUUGGCACUGAUUUCAUAAGGAACCACCAGGUCUUGGGUGUUGAUUUUGCUUCUGUUCAUAUCUAUGCAGACUCUUGGAUUUCGCAAUCAAUUUCUGAUGUCCAUCUUCAAUUCACCGAGUCAUGGAUAAAAGCUCACAUUGAUGAUGCGGAGAAUUAUCUUGGAAUGCCUGUUGUUUUUGCUGAGUUUGGUGUGUCUACGAAAGACCCUGGCUACAAUGUCUCAUUUAGAGAUACUCUAAUCAACAGUGUGUACAAGGUCCUCUUGAACUCCACUAAGAAAGGAGGGAGUGGAGGUGGGAGUCUUUUGUGGCAGCUCUUCCCUGAAGGAACAGAUUACAUGGAUGACGGCUAUGCAAUUGUUCUCUCGAAAUCUCCUUCGACAUCAAACAUCAUAGCCCUUCACUCCACAAGACUUGCCGUCUUCAACUCCAGAUGUGCUUGGAAAUGCAAAUGGGGUUGCAGGAAGAAGAGUCCGCUAGAGUUCCUAUACAACGAUGACCUGUAAUGUUGUGUGUUUUCCACUGUCCGUUCCUUGCUGUCGAUUUGUCUAUGUAUGAAAUGUGUGUUCAUCUGUACAUGACAAAACUUGAAGAUUUACCCAGUUAAAAUAAAAGAAAAGAUUUGGACCAUUCACUAGUUAUCACUUGUGCCAGCUUUUUACUAAAUAUGCUCUUUUUGUGGCUUUUCUCAACUGUUGAGCGUUAGUAACAAAGAGAUAUAUUUGGUUUCAUCGCUAUUGCUGACAUAUUCCAUAAAAAAAUUUCAAUCAUCAAAUGAUAGAGUAAACAUGAGCUUGCUUGGCCUGAGCAAAGGCUUCAUCCUGACAGUGGUAUCUGCUCUAAGCAGCAAACUGAAUAGUUUUUGGGUUUUCCUGAUGUGGUGGUUCACAGAAAGGUCUCGGAAAAGGAAGCUUUAUGAUAUAACUCUCGUCGCAUGGUGCGUAUCAGCAAUUUACUUUUCGCUUGCAUGCAAAUUGUUACAUUUGAGGGUAAGAGGAGCCAUUUUCAGAUUAGGGAUUGGAAAUUACUUAUUAUCUGCUAAAGUAUUACCAGGACCAGUACCAGAAUGGAUGCUUGAUGAGUCUUCACCAUCAGUGAUGCGCUACUGCUGCAAGGGAUUAGGCAUUCUGGGUUCACUUGCUUAUUACAUAAUUGUUACUAUGAUGUUCAUGUAUUUAACCAGCUACUUUCGUAAGUGGUUACGUACUGUUGAAAUGUUAAAUUACUUCAUGUUCUAUUGUAAUAUUAUCUUAGAUUAUGUGGCCAAGUGUCUGGUCUGAUCAAAUACCACAUAUCGGGCUUAGAUUGCACCUUGGUUGUUGCAUUAGGGUUGUAUUUUCAACCCUUCACAACAUGAGACAGUAGAUUUGAAAUUGAGGAAUCGAAAAGGCUGUAACGUUUAGCCGUUCUCUGA